AUGCCGACGAAUAAGAAUAUCGCCCCACCUCGCAAGCCGAACUCUCCGAUGAAGGUGUUGCCCACUUCCACCGACACGGAUUAUUCUGUACUCACCAAGAUCAGCAGCGUGGCCCAUGUUUGUGUCUCCGUCAAUGACUUGGUUGCGUUUGAAUAUGUCUGCGAGGAGACCAAGGGGUGGAAAUGGGGCCUUGGCACUGUCGCCGCUAUACUGGGCCCGCGUCUCGUGCAGCUGAUGCUGUGGAUUGGCAACGGCGGAGAGACUCCACCGGAGGAGUCACCUGUGUCUGACGCCGACCGUGCAGCAGCAGUGAAGCGGCUGGAGAAGCUACAAAGGAUGCGGCAGGAGGCGGAAGAGGAAAUGGAGGACUUGAACAAGUCACUCACGGUGCAGUAUGCGCACUACAACGAGGUCCGUGCCGCGUAUGAGGCGAAUGCGGUGCGUGCUGAGGAGGCCGCGGCGGAAGCGAGGGAGGAAAUAAAGAACAUGGAAGAGACAGACUGGCGCGAAAUUCGUAGUUAUGUGAAGCCGCCCGACAUUGUGAAACUUGUGACGGAGGCCAUGAUGCUCACGCUCGGUGAGCGUUUUCUGGAGUGGAACUACGUUCUCAAAGUGAUCCGCCAGCGCACGUUUCUAAAGCGGCUGGAGGUGUUCGAUUCGCAGAGCAUCGCACCGGCGACGCGCCGCCGUGUGCGCAAGGAGUACUUGUCAAACCCUCGCUUCACCCACAGGGACUCGAUGGAGGGCAGUCGUGCACUGGGCAUUGUGCAGCGGUGGGUCGUGGCGCAGCUGGCUACCAGCGAGGCAAAGGUGAAUAUCAUCGACUACGAUCGAAUGUGGACCCGUGAGAAGAAGGGCAUUGAGAAGAUGGAGUCCACACUACGUCAGCGUCGGGGCGAGGUGGAGGGGUAUAGGGAAGAGGAAGCGCGCCUGAAAAGGCAGCUGGGUGAUUCGCCGGUGCGCCUCGACUACAGCAAGCGCGCCAACGGUGCCGCUGCACCGCGGCCAAAGGGCACGUCGACCAAGAACGGCUCGAGCCCGAGGGGCGGUAAAUCCGGCGACGGUGCCGUUGGUGCGACGCCGCGUGGUCGCCCAGGUGCACCGCCGCUGCACGAGAAUGUCCAUGGGGCGGCCAACACGUGGAUCUUCAGCGAUGAAAGCAAGAUUGUUUUGCACAGCAGCAUUCUUGUCAACUACGACAAGCCGGCAUCCACGGUGGUGACGUUAACACCUGAGCAAGUGGAGCAGCUCAAGAGUGCUCUGGAGGCCCGCGCCGUCACGUUCGCGGCGCAGCAAAGGGCCGAUAACAAAAUCAAAGGCCUCGAGGACGACCUCGAGAGCCUGCGCGGCGUUCUGGCGGAUGCGCUGCAGGAUCUAGCAGAUGCCAAGGCGACUGGAGCGGCGCACGAAGCUGAGCUUGCUGCAAAGGACCGCGAGAUCGAUGAUGCCAAGGCAGCUGCGGCCGCUACCGCGAAGUCGGCGGACACGAACAGAACAGGCCUACUUCCUGCGGAGGAGCUGGCUGACCAGUGCCGAGAGCUCGAUGGGCUGAAGGCCACCCUCGAGAACGAAAGAAGGACGAGCAAGAAGUCCAGCGACAAGAAGAAUGGAAGCACGCAACGUGAUGAGGCAAAGGUUGUGCUAGAGGAGCGGACGCAAAGCGGCACUGCGCCCAACGGUGACAUGCCGGCUCUCCUCCACGUGGGGGAUGACCGCAUGGCCUCGAAGAUUAUUGACAGGCUAAAGAAGGAGAUCCGCAUCCUGCGCAGCGAGUCGGGGGCUGCUAGCGCCGUGCUGGAUGGUGUUCGUGACACGAUCAACGGGUGCCCCGAGCUGAAGCAGUGCCUUGAAGAGGAAGCGUAA